CCAGUGAGAUCAUCAGCUGUUGCAGUUGACGAAUGGACGUCGCCAGGGCCGACAUUCCUCGCGAAAAACAUCUUAAGCUUGAGCUCUUUUAUUAAAAGUUACAGCUGAAGAAAGGUACAUAUCUAGGUUAUAAAGAAGUGAACUUUAAAGUGGAAAUAAAUAAUUAUUCUAAGCCUAAGCCCUGCUGAAUGUCACAAACACAAUGUCAGAAACAUCAUCCGGGGGUUUGUACAGCAUUCUUGGUGCAAAGCCAGACGCAUCAUACAAGGAAUUAAAAGCCUGCUACCAGAGAGCCAUUCUACAGUGUCAUCCGGACAAGUUGCCACGAUCAGUCAGCGAGGAAGACCGCUCAGCAGCAAAACAGCACUUUAGUCAAGUUGAUAUGGCAUGGAGAACACUAUGUAACGAUGCAAGCAGGAAAGCUUACGAUGUCACGCAGACAGAGCAAAAGUUGAGGAAACCGUUUCCUGUAAAUGAACAACUGUUUCUGGAGGACAUGGACUGGCAGGAAGAUGACGAAGUAUACACCCAUGCCUGCCGUUGUGGAGGGGAAUAUAUCGCUAACGAUAAUGACAUCACGCAGAACUACCUUAUCAUCAGUUGCAACACUUGUACAUUGAGCAUACAAUUAGUUAUCAAAGACUCUGAAACGAAUAAUACUGGUGAGACGCAGGUGACGUGACGGGAGUAUUAUGCCCGUGUCAAGCACGCGCGCCGGAGGCGUCCCAAAGAAGGCUAGGAGCUUCCUUGAGGUCCAAGACCGAGACCUGAAAGUCCGAGGGGAAGACCGAGACACGAGACCUACAACAGGUUGACCCAAACAAAUUGUGGUUUCAGAAAGGCUUACUUAAAGGAACACGUUGCCUUGGAUCAAUCGAGUUGGUAUUUGAAAAGCGUUUGUAACCGUGGUU